CCGAGGCCUAGCCGGGGAACUCCAGCCGAACAUGCCGCGCGUGGCCAAGCCGAACUUGCCCUACGUGCAGCCCGGCCCCUGGGCCAACUUCCCGGCCCAGCUGCAGUACUACUCCAGGUCUGAGGCGGGCCUGGGCUCGGUGCUCGCCUCAGACACCUCCGGCAACCUCACGGACUUGUCGCUCAGGUCAAGAGGCCACACCGCGGGCACCUCGGCCGGCACGCCUGCGCUGGAUGGCCGGGCCGCCGCCAAGACCUCGGCGAACGACGGCUCCGCGUCCGACAACUCCGCGUCCGACAACUCCGCGUCCUUGGACUCGGGCUUCGCCAAUACCCCGGGCCCGGCCGGCAUGGCGCGCAAGGACAGCGACCUGCUGUCUCUCUCGUCGUCGGCCAGCGUGUCCAAGUUGAACGGCGCGGGCGAGCAGUUGAGCUGGGCCAACAUGAAGGAGCACGACCGCCAGUGGGCCGAGCUCUCGCACAACCACGAGCAUGUUGUCCCCGUGGAUGGCCCCGUGGAUGGGCCCGCCAAGCUGUCGCUGGAAGACAGGGCCGACUCGCUCAGCGACGGCUACAGGCGGCGCAGGAAGCGGCGGCUCCCGACCGUGUCGUCGUCCCUCGACCGCUCGUUCCCCCUUCCGAACCCGCAGCAGAUCGAGAUGUACUCGCAGCAGUACGACAGCGUGGACCUCGACACGCGCUCCACCAGCCCGCAGAACUCCUCGUCAUCUGGUUAAACUUCUUUGCAUUUCAUUCACAUAGACUCUUGUACGGUAGUAUACGAUUCUCGCUUCGCCGGGACCGCAGCGUUCAAAACAUGUCUGGUUUUGAAUAUCUGUCUGUUCUUUAAAGUAUGCCU